AUGACGACAGAUUCCCCAGAAUUAAACCAUUAUACCACUACAGAACGAUCAGAAAGUCAUUCUAGCUCGAAAAAAUUGGAAUUGCAACCAACUGUCCCCUUGGUAAGUUUUAUCUUCCCAGAUAUGCGUGCUCUUCAUAGGUUGAAUAUCCAAUCAUCUGAAAACCCACCAUAUGAAGUCGUGAAAAUACAUGGAUUUGAAAUAUAUAUAGUGGAGCAAUGGACAGCAGAAAGGAGUUUUUCCACUGUAAUCACUUCAUAUACAGGUAAUUCACAAGAUGAAAUCACCGCAGUCAGGAUUCUAUUACCUGAGAAUCCGGAAUUCUGGCCAGGAAAUUUCAAGAAAUAUUAUCAAGAAUUGAUCUCCAUAUCACAACCUAAAAUAAUAAAGAAUAGUACCUUAUUUAUAACCAAUUUAUCAGUGGUUCCAUCAUCUUUAUACCUGAUACACGUAGAAUGUGGGGAUAUUAGAGAAGUAUGGGAAAAUUUUAAAGUCAACUUCAAUCUCAAAAGAUUACACUGUGGUGGUCGUCAAGGUUUAUUAUUAAAUGGUGUCUCCACAGCUGCUCUAGAGAAGUUUUCACAACUGUAUAAAAUUCCUAUAAAAACCCAAAACACGGGUUCAAAGCAACGCCAGCAACAACAACCAAAUGAUCUUCAAGCCGGAAUUGGCGAGGAUCACGGUCUACAAGAGGGGAAACCAGCAAAGGUUUCCAGUGAUGUCUUCUGUGCGAAAAAGCAUACCUCUCCAGUUGUAGAACUAAUUACCAUUAUUCAACUAUCUUUAAGUUAUUUUGGGUUAUUUAACUUUAAAAUUCAUAAGAGUGGUCUUUUAUGCGAAGAAACGAAAAGAGCCAUCGAUAGAUGGUGGGAAAUAUAUGGUAAAACAUAUAUGGGUAUAGCAAAACCAAGAAAUGAAACUACUAUGGGUCCGACUACUGUGACCUCCAUCAUUAGUCUUGUUUUGAGUUGUUAUUUUAAAUUGAUGGUAGAAGAUUGUAUUUCUGCUAAGGAUCCAUUCCAAGAAACUGAAAUGUAUUCCGGGAUAUAUACUUUCCAAAAGAAGAACGGUCUAGCUAAACAUCAUAAAUUACUUUAUUUCGACCCAGAAACUUUAGAAAGUUUAUUUGAAAUAUCGGCUAAAAGUUCAAAUACAGAUAUCUUUAAGUUUAAAAGAGUUGUUAAAUCAAGAGUGCAAGAUAUGGCAGGAAAAGGCAAUUUCAUGCAAUUAUCAAAUGAUAUCCUAACAUCAGACCUAGAUGUACUUGUUAAUAAUAUCCACGGAGGUGCUCUCGGAUUACUUUGGAAGGGUAAAGGGAAAUGUGUUCGAGAUUUGAAUAAUGGGUGGAAGAAGAAAAGAUUCACCGAAUUAGACUUUAAUCAUGGUAAUCUAGAUGAAGUGUUGAAAAAGCAAGAAUUAUAUUUGGACAAAUUGAAGAUAGAUGAAACAAUAUUGAGAAAGCAAUCGCCAGAGAAAUUUAAAUCUUCCGAUCUGUCUCCAGAUGAUCCUCUUUUCCAAAGCAAAAACGAACAUGAUGGUAGUGGGAAAGAACUGCAAGGUUUAAAAUCCCAAAAUGGAUCAAAUUCUUUAUUAUCCAUCUCCUCUAUGUUUUGUAACUAUGAUCGAUCGAAAUAUCUUAGAAGCCACGAUACUAAUGUUCAAUAUCAAGCUGAGUUCUAUAGAAGAAAAUCGUACCCUUUUAUCAAUGAUCAAACUGAGAUUGCAGCUUAUCAAGAUUCCAUUGGUGAAUAUAGGUUGAAUUUACAUAGAUCUAACUCUUUAUCAGAAGCAUCUACUGCCAUCGAAAUUUGGGAUCUACCGUUUGAUUCUUCUGUAGUCAAGAUGGCAAGAGAUCUUCUGAAGGUCAAAGUUCGUCUUCAUAAACAAGAGCAACAGAAGACGAGGGAUAAAAUUGUGAAUUUAUGUGAUGGGGAAAAUGCUGGUAUUGAAGAUGAAAAAUUCAGUUCAUCACUUCAUCAGCUACAUUUAGAAUUUACUAGUUGUUCCAAGAAGGCAGAUAAAUUCAAUGAAACGCAAUCCAAACUUGAAAAUAAACAUAAUUAUCUUCUAAAGGAAAUGCAAGAAUUAAAUUCACUAACUUCAAAAUUGAAAUAUAAUGUUCGACUGUUGAAUACUCGUAUGAGGGAUGUACAAGAUAGUGUUAAUGAGUUUGACAACAAGCUGAAUGUCUAUAGGAAAUUAUUAUUAAAACAAGGUCCAAACAUGACCCUUGCCAUAGAAACGGUUGACAAUGAUAUUGAGUUCGAUAAGUGCCUAAGAAACUUGAUACACGCUGAAAAAACAAAAUAUGGCGGUAUCUGCUUAAGAGUGUUGCGUAAAGAUUUUCUAAAUCAAUUAAGCAAGAAUCUGUUCAGUUGGAGUGAGUGGCUUUAUCACAAAUUUUUUUAUAAAACGGAGUUUGCAGAAGCUCCAACCUCUGAAUUAUACAAUUAA